CGCUCCACCAUCCCCACGUCCCCAGCACCGCUUCUAUCUCCGAGGUUGCAAUGGGCUGUGUCUGGUAAUCGAUUGCAACCAUGGGCUCCGUCGCAGUGCCGAUGUUCGGUCGCAUCGCCUGGGAGGAGAAUGGCGUGGCGCUUGCUCCCCCUGGGAGGAGAGGGUGCAUCGGGCACAUGCAAAGUCGACAAAGGAGAGCAUUGUGCAUCAUGGGAGAGGCUUGGGGCGUCGCAUCCGGGGAUGGGGACCUAAAGGGUUCCGGGCCAGUCGGCGCCCCGUCGGGCCCUUGGCUCUCGCUUGCCCGCACAAAGGGCCUGCUGCAGUCCUGCGUUACGGGGAGAGGGAGGACACGGCCUCGGGGGUGCCCACCGGACGACAAUAGAGGCAGACCCAGCGGCGAAUGGCAGCACCAGGCGACCCGCAUUCGGGGAGACAGAUGAGGGUUCUGUAUAACCUGGGCCCUGUACAACCUGGGUUCUGUAUAGACUUGAAACAGCACUACAGCUUCCAUUUUCGUGUCAUGAGCCGUCUAGACGAGAAUACGUCGCCACGACGACGACGGGUGGUGACACGACGCGCGGUCAGCCUCAAUAGUCUAAAAAAAAAACUAACCAAAAAAAAAACACCUCACGAUGACGGGAUGCCACAGCGAGCAAAUUGAGGCAUAUUGCCGUCUCAC